AUGACGCCCCCCGCCAUGUCUUCACCAUCCUCCCGCCGGCCACGGUCACUAUGGCUCAUAAUUCUCCUUACCGUCAUCUCUCUGGUCUCGGCCGCCUCCGAAUCCCUCUCUGAAGCGCUCCCCGCGCAGAUCACGCCUCCCGCCAUCAUCGCCCCCCUGGACGCCCUCAUCGUCGACGACCGCACCCCGACCAUGAUCCGGGGCCGCUGGACCAUGCUGCCGAACCAGGAGCUCAGGAAGCGCGACGACGACAGCGUCACCGACACGCCGACCGCCACGCAAAAGGUCAAGGCCACCGACGACCCGACGACGCUGACCAUCUCCGUCGCCGUCCCCGCCACCACCGUCGCCGCCGCCUCGCCCCUGCCCUCGCCCUUCGACACCAGCCUGGCCUUCAACUUCACCAGCAACGACGGCGCCUCGUGCCCCCGCUUCAUCAACGAGCUCCUCACCAACCAGAACUUCAAGAAGUGCUACCCCUUGUCGAUGCUUCUCCAGGGUUCGCGGUCCUUCUUCGAGGCCGAGAAGCAGCUCCUGAGCAUCGUCAAGGUCCUCGACGCCACCUGCAGCGCCGACGUCGCGUUCUGCACCUCGUACCUCAACGGCGUCGCCGGCAACCUCACCAUGGACGCCAACUGCGGCUCCGACUACGACUCGGGCAACCCCAUCGUCAUGCAGGCCUACCUCGGCCUCAAGUCGUACGAGAUGCUCUACAAGGCCACCUGCCUCACCGACCCCGACACCUCCAUGUACUGCUUCGCCAACGCCGUCACCAACCUCACCACCCCGUCCAACGUCUACUUCUACUACCUCCCGCUCAACAUGACCCUCCCCGGCAGCGCGAACCCAACGUGCGGCUCCUGCCUCAAGCGCACCAUGGAGAUCUACCAGACCUUCACCGCCAACCGCCGGCUCGCCAUCUCGUCGACGUACGUGGACGCCGCCAAGCAGGUGAACACCAUCUGCGGGCCCGAGUACGUCAACGACACGCUGCAGAUUGCUGUCGGCAUGGCCGGGCUGUCGGUGCCCUCGUGGGCUCUCACGACCGCGUUGGUGGCCCUCGCGGUGGCCUUCAAUUUUGGAUGA